AUGAAUAAUGAAAAGAUGAGCAGUCCAAUAGACAAUGCUAUAUCACUUGGUAUCACCUUCUUCAAAAAUGAACAGUAUAAGGAAGCAAAAAAUCUAUUUAUUAAGACUCUUUGGCUGAUCAAAUCAUAUUCAGAAGAAGAUAUUAUUCAGAUUAGAGCAAAGCAUGGUUUGGUCAAUUAUGAUAUACCUAAUGUUCCAAUUGUACACCCACAAUUAAUCAAAAUAUUAGACAAUAUUGCUGCAUGUUAUGAAAAAUUAGGCGAACUGGAAAAAGCAUUAAAGAUCAGUAGUAAAAUGAUUAAGAAAGAACCAUUUAAUUUGAUUUGUUAUAUUCGACAUGGUAAAAUUUUACAGAAAUUGUUUCGAGACCAAGAUGCUUACCAAAAUUAUCAAAGGGGGUUAAAAGAACUUAAUGAAGUAUCCAAAGAAUACAAUAUUAAUGUGUCUAAAAGACUAGUUAAUAUUGUUAAAUAUCAAAUGAGUUUAGUUAAACAGAGAAUUCAGAGAACAGAUGCAUCAAAACAAGAAAAUAAAAAGACUUUUUCACAACGUAGUUUUAUUGAUCCUAUAAAGGAACAUCAGUCAUUAUUAAAGAAACAGCAACAAAAAGAUAACAUAUAUGAAGGAGAAAGACAAUUGUCUUUGUCUCAUAAACGAAACAUAUAUUCUACCAUAAUCAAUUCAAAAGAUACUAAACAUCGUAGUAAAACAAUUGAUUUUAUAGAAUCUUUACCCUUAGAAUUAUUACAGUACAUUUUGAAUUGUCUAAGUGUAAAGGAUUUAAUUCAUUUGUGUCAAGUAUCUCAUAAUUAUAAAUGGAUUGUGAUGACUAACUAUUCAAAUUGGUUUCAAGAUUUUAUAUUGAAGUCAGUAACAAAUAAAUUGUUUCUUCAAUUUCAUAAUUUUAUCACAAAACUGUACUCCAAAUCUCUAUCGGAAAAAAAUGCCACACCAUGGCUCCGCUCUUUAAAACUAUCAAGCCGUUUAGCAUCUGAUGAACCUAAAUUAUUACAAAAACUGUUUACAAUGCUACAAAAUUAUCGAUGUGAUGAAUUAAUCCUAUCUGUACCUAAUUGCGCAACGUCACAUAUUGUUAGGUAUAUUGUGCCAAAUGAUAAUUUUUGCCAAAAUAUAAUGAAGUUAUCAUUAACUAUAAGUCUUCGAUCAGAUAAACCAUAUGAAAUUAAAUUAUUAAAUUAUUUUAAUAAUUUAACUAAUUUGGAAUUGAUAUUUGAUUCUGCCGUUGUUCCAGUUAAUCAUCCAACUCAAAAUAAUAGUAAUAACAGUGAAAAUAGCGAUCUUGAAUCACUUAAUAAUAAUUGGUCUCCAAAUUUACAAAGCUAUACACUUAUAUGUGAUUCUAAAAAGAUUAAGAAUUUUCCAACAAAAAAUUUUUUUACGUCCAUUAGUAACAUCAAAUAUGAUUUGAUGACUAAGUUAUAUAUAACUGGUGUCACAUUUUGUUCUAAUACUGAGGACUUUAAAUGGUUACGAAAAUUCCCUUCUUUAAAAGAAUUGUGGUUGGAGAAUAAUAAUAAUAGUAAAUUAUCAAAUCUUUUAAAUCUGUUCAAAAGAGAGCAUAUAUUUAAAAAUAGUUCAUUAGAAGUAUUAGUGUUUAGAGAAAAUCAAAUAUUUCCAAAGAUAGAUAUGGAAGCAAUUCCAAUUCAAAAUUUAUACCAUUACAAACAUAAUCUGUCAAGCUUAAGAAAACUAGAUUUAAUGGGUACAUCAAUUAGCGGGACAGGAUUACAUAGACUUGUAGCGUCUUUAUCUUCUAAAACAUUAAGAUCUUUAAACAUUGGAGAUUGCCCAUAUAUCCAUAUGCAACAAUAUCCAAAUGAUUACAAUUCAAAUGUAUUUUCACCUUUUGAUUUUUUCCAUGAAUUUGAUAAUAUAGAAGAACUUAGAUUACCGCAAUUGAGUUCUUUGAAUGAUCAAUCACUGCAUAUGUUAGCAUUACAAGUACCAGAUUUACAAAAAUUGAAACUUUUAGAUUUGUCUUUAAAUAUGUCAAUUACAGGGGUAUCCGUUUAUGAAUUUAUAUCUAAAUUAUAUGAAAUUAAAAAUAAGGAACCCUUAGACCAUUUAGUGGUAGAUGGAUGUAGUUCAAUUUCACAUAUAACAAUCAAUUCCAUCAAAGCAUUAGGUUAUGUUAAAAAAAUUGAUUGUGUUUACGAACGAGAAACAUGGAAACAAUUUGGUGUCAACUCUUUUAAGUACAAAUAG